AUGGCAUCCCUGUCCAACGUACAUGUCUCCCAGCACCCCAGCGUCCUGGCCAAGUUAAGCCAGCUUCGGUCCAAGUCCGCGUCGUCAAAAGACGUCAAGGCUCUCAUCCACGAGAUCUCGCUCGUAAUUUCCACCGAGGCCCUUAGCAAGGCCAUCACCCCCGCCGAUGGACCAAAGCUCCCGAGUUUAGUAACUGAGCGGUCAAAAACACAGGACGUCUCACCGCUAGGCUUCGAAUACACCACAACCACGAUCCAGCCAAACACACUAUGCAUCGUCCCCAUUCUACGGUCGGGUUUAAGCAUGGUGGAAGCCGUCCAGACCAUCCUCCCAGCUCCGGUGCCGGUCCACCACCUGGGCAUGUACCGUGAACAGACGACCCUCGACCCCGUCGAAUACUACAACAACCUCCCGCACCACAUCCCCGACCCGUCGUCCUCGGACGGCGGCAACGCCUCCAGCCUUGCCAUCAUUGUGGAUCCCGUCAUCGCGACCGGUGGGACCUGCGCCGCCGCCAUCAGCACCCUCCGCGAGUGGGGCGCCAAACGAGUCCUUGUCCUCUGCGUCCUGGGGGCCGAGGAAGGUGUGAAAAAGGCGGCGGCGGAGUGGCCCGAGGGCACGGAAAUCUGGCUCGCCGCCGUGGACCAGCAGCUGACCAAGGAGGGCAUGCUGAAACCGGGUCUCGGUGAUGUUGGUGACCGAUUAUUCCUAACUAUUGGCAAGUAA